AUGGGUGGAGGACCAGUGCCAAUUUGGAAGAAAUAUACAACCGGAUCAAAGGGCAUAUAUGAAGUGAUAAGAAGGCUUCUAGUGCCUGUGCCUAAUCGAUCAUCAGGUAAUCCAUAUGUUCCCCUAUACAGGGUCCCACCACCUGGUUCGAACAAGGAGAAAUAUGAGUGUGCAAACGCAAUUCCAGCCACCGAUAUUAUGAACAACGAGUAUGGCGAUAGAGACACAAGAAGAGCAUAUCCUAAGGUUGUUGCAUUUACCCAGGCUAAAGUGAGUGGUUUGCUCAAGGUGGGCAGUCAGGCAAAUUCCAGACUUCCCAAGAACGAGGAGGGUGUCAAGGCAUUGGAAGUUGUUGAGCAGGGCAAGCUUCAUCUUACGGACACGCUUAAAUCGUUACCAACUUCAGUCAUUAAUGGUGAGGUGUUAGGUAAGGAAGGCGGUCCAAUAAUUGCACCAAAUCUCAACAAGGGCUUCAAGGUGAGGCUCAUGACUGAGGAAGAAAGUGGCAUGUACAGUAACGAGUAUCCAGUGAGGGUUUUUACGAUUACGAAAUGA